AUGAAAGUGCUUGACCUAAUAACAGUACUCAGUGCCUCCUCCUUAUUCUCUAUACUGGCAGCUGCUGAAAGUACUGCUACUACAGACAGUGCGACUGCCACUUCGAGCGCUGCUUCGUGCAACCCACUAAAGACUACAGGUUGCACGCCUGAUACAGCUCUGGCAACUAGUUUUAGCGAAGAUUUCUCAUCCUCAUCCAAAUGGUUUACCGACUUGAAGCAUGCAGGUGAAAUCAACUACGGUUCCGAUGGCUUAUCAAUGACACUAGCGAAAAGAUAUGAUAAUCCAAGUUUAAAAUCUAACUUUUACAUCAUGUAUGGUAAAUUGGAAGUCAUCUUAAAAGCUGCCAAUGGUACCGGUAUCGUUUCAUCAUUCUACUUACAAAGUGAUGAUUUAGAUGAAAUUGACAUUGAAUGGGUAGGCGGUGACAACACUCAAUUCCAAUCCAACUUCUUUUCUAAAGGAGAUACAACGACAUACGACAGAGGUGAAUUCCACGGUGUCGACACUCCUACUGAUAAAUUUCAUAACUAUACUUUAGAUUGGGCGAUGGAUAAAACAACUUGGUACCUCGACGGAGAAUCUGUCAGAGUAUUAUCAAACACAUCAAGCGAAGGUUACCCACAAUCUCCAAUGUACCUAAUGAUGGGUAUUUGGGCCGGUGGUGACCCAGACAAUGCUGCUGGUACCAUUGAAUGGGCUGGUGGUGAAACUGAUUACAAUGAUGCCCCCUUCACCAUGUACAUUGAAAAGGUCAUUGUAACUGAUUAUUCUACCGGUAAAAAAUACACCUAUGGUGACGAAUCUGGUUCCUGGGAAUCUAUCGAAGCCGAUGAUGGUUCUAUUUAUGGCAGAUACGACCAAGCUCAAGAAGAUUUUGCUGUUUUGGCUAACGGCGGUAGUAUUUCCACCAGCUCCGCAUCCUCUUCACCUUCCUCAUCUGCUGCAUCUUCCACUUCCUCAUCUGUUGCAUCUUCAUCUUCCUUAUCUGCCGCAUCUUCCACUUCCUCAUUUGCCGCAUCUUCAUCUUCAUCUUCCUCAACCGCUACUCCAUCUAAAACGUCUGCUUCUUCAUCAGUCACCGCUUCUAGUUCCAUUAGCUCGUCCGCCAAGCAAUCCACCUCUUCAUCGAAAAAAACAGUAUCUUCCUCGUCUUCAGGUGAAUCCACUAUUUCCUCCACUAAGACAUCUGCCAUUGCUUCAUCUACUACUAGGUCUACGGUUGCCCCAACUAGUCAACAAUCUUCCGUAUCCUCGGACAGUCCUGUACAGGAUAAGGGUGGUGUCGCAACAUCAAGUAAUGACAAAACCAGUUCAACCGCUCAAACAUCAAGUGAACACACAUCUACGGUCCAAAGUUCUUCCUCCGAAGUAAGCUCGACGAACACUGUUCAAAUUGCUAACGGUGCCAAGUUUGCUCAGAGCUUACCAAGACAAGGAAAACUUUUUUCCGUACUUGUAACUGCUUUACUGACUUUCCUAUAA